UUUUUCCUUUUAUUUCCUUAGAAGUUUCGUUAUGAGGAAAGAAUUAGACAAAAGGUUGUCAAAAAUAUAAAAGAAUUGCGCAUUGUGCUCCAUUAUUAUUAAUGUUUUUGAAGGGAAGAAUAUCGUAUGUAUAUUUAAGAUGUGUAACAGGGUUAGUGUUAAAAGGUUUUCAUUUUCUUAAAUUCUCAGUGCACUUUAUGGUAAGUGGGUGUAAUUGUGUAUUGCAUUCAUGUUUCAUCUUCAACUUAGUUAAAAUAAAAUCGAUAGCGGUGAUUUUCCGAAAAAGUGAUGAUAAAUUUGUAGUAGUUAGACUUCAGAAUUCUUAAUCUCUGGAAGGAGUAGAAACCAAGUUUUGGUGGGUUGAAUAUUAAUAGAAUCAUUCUACAUCCAUUGUCCAUCCGUAUAUAAUCUUCUAUAGGAAACGCCACAUUUCAAGGAGUUUUGAUGGAGAGAGUGAGAGGCGACGCGGGGAAUUUCUCAGAAUAGUUCGGAAAUCCUUCUUCAUCAUGGGGGAUGAGGAUGCCUUUUCACGACCAUCUAGAGAGGAAGACGGCUCCAUAGACGGCUUUUGCCGACCAAGGAAGAGGUGCUAUGGCUCUGCAAGAACUCGAUCGAAAUCUCUUUCGUGUCGGAUUUCGGGCAUCAGAGGCUCUAUGCGAAGAGAGUAUGGUAAAGUUGAGGAGAAGCUUGGCUAACAAUGAAGAGAAGUUUCUUGCAGUGGUAUUGACUCUUCGUGUGAUGGCGAGGUUGAUUUACGUACCGAGAUGGGCACUAGGGGUUGAGAAGGCCUGGCCACAGCAUUUUGGGAUUUUGUUACCCCAGGAUUGGAUAGGAAUUACACCGUGAAAAGGAAAUCGUUUCUGGAAGCAGCGGCUAACCUUUCCGGGCCGAAGCAUCAUUUAUUUCCGUUGGUGGAGGGUCUCUGUUCGUGGUUCAAGGGAUGAAGAUUACGGCGUCGGUUAGGAUAGGAGAUAGGAGAUAGGAGAUAGGAGAGGGGAGUAGUGUGUACGAACUUCCUCUUUGGUGGAGCAGUGGUUUGAUGAUAGAAAUUCUCGGUGAAGAUUUGUCGGAGAUGGAGCCAGAGGAGCAAUCGGGAAGAUGGCGAGUGAGACUCACGCGCAGGGGGACAAAGAGAUUGGUGAAAGGAUGGGUGUCAAGUACGGCCGCUGGCCAGCUCGAAUCUAGGGUUUGGUUAAGUAGGCCUCUCUAGGGGGCUAGGUAACGUGGGUGGAGUUUUUGGACAGAACAGUGGUCUUUUUGUCAGACUCAGAGGAAAGGAAAAAACCUGCAAGAGGACAACUAGUCUCUUUUUUUCGGGCUCUUCAGGAGGCCCAGCUUUUGCUGAGGGAGUUGGGCCUCCGUUGAAGCCCAUAGGAAAAUUUCCAACGAAUGCAUUUGUUGGAGGCCCGUACGAGAAUUAUGAUACGCCUUUCAUACCCUCAGCUUAGUGGUUUUCAUCACUGUUUUAAAAACCAGACCGGAUCGGCCGGUCGGACACGUUUAACCGGGAACUGGUGGCCUAUCCGGUCCGGUUUGACAUAAAAAUUCAAAUUUUCUUCAACCUGGUCAAAAUCCGGUCGAACCGGUGAAUCGGGAACCGGGUUGACCCCGAUUUUUUUCACCCUCUCACUUAGUUUUAAAUUUUUAAUUCUUAAUUAAUUUUUUAAUAACAUAUAUAACAAUUAUAUAUAAAAUAUUAGUUGUAUAUUAGUUAAUAAUAGUAUUUUUCAUAAUAAUAUAUAGAAUAUUAGUAUUUUAAAUAUAUAUUAAAACAUAUAUUUAAUAUAUAUAUUAUUUAAUUAUAAAAUAUAUAUAUGACAUCAUCUAGUCGGACCACUUCGGUCUAAUCGGUCGGACCAACUGACCCGCGACCCAAUUAAUAGGCCGGUUUACUCUCUGGUUCAGUUUUUAAAAUAUUGGUUUUCAGGGGCCAAGGAGAUCCGGAGAUCUCUUUCUCCAGUUCCCAGGUUGUGAAUCAUGAGCCAGGAGACAGCUGAUUUCUGGGGAACCACCUGGGGAUUUGGAAACUUCUCUAAGGCUAUAUUUGGGAGAGUGUUAGUAGUGGAAUAAAAUGGAACGAGAAUGAGUAGAAGGAAAGUAAAAGUGAAACGGGGUAGAAAAUCUUUUUUCCUUGGGAUUACCGCCCUUGCGUGGUCUCCCGCCGCUUGUGCUCUCAAUUUUGGCGAAGAACGUAAAUCGUAAGUGGAGGUUUUGUUUCAUUGUGUAGGGCAAGAAAUCGAACCCAUAGUAAUAGAAAUACUUUCUUCUCAUUUGGGAGAGCUAUGGGAACUGGGUAGGAUGUUCCAUUGUUACACAUCAAAUGUCAAUUAUGCCAUCUUAAGAGAUAUACACAAAGCAUCUUAUAAAAGUUUUGACGAUAGUUUGCCCAUUCAUAAUAGCACAUAUCUUCACCUGCUUUCUUUCCAUACAUUCUACCCCUUUUUUUUUGGUUUUUUAAGGGGGGGUGGGGGUGGGGCAGAGAAAAAAUGUUGAUUCCAAGAAGAUUGUACGGAAAUGCUUUUCCAUCCAAUUUCCUUGCAGUCCUUUACUACAAGCCCCUCCCAAACAAAGGUUGGCACAUUUGUAGUAGCUGCCAGAAGGCUGCUCAUUACAUGUGCUAUACUUGUACAUAUUCUUUGUGCAAGGCUUGCGUUAAAGAUGCUGAUUACUUGUGUGUCCGAGAGAGAAAAGGCUUUUGCGCAUUAUGCAUGAAAACUAUUUUGCUGAUUGAAAAUGUUGAUCAAGGAAACAAGGAAACGGCUCAAGUAGAUUUUGAUGACAAGGGUAGCUGGGAGUAUCUUUUCAAAAUGUACUGGAGUUGCUUGAAGGAGAAGUUAUCUUUAACUUUAGAUGAGCUUACUCGAGCUCAGAAUCCCUGGAAAGCAGCUGGCAUUGUGGCUUGCAAAGGAAAAUCUUUGGAUGGAAAUUAUGGCAAGGUUUCAAUGUCACAUAGCCUUUCUGCAUGCCUUGAGGCAAACAAUUUAAAAGGGAGAAUGUCAAAAGAAGAGCCAAACUUCACUAACAAGGGGGAUUGUUUAACCAUGGACAAGUCAAUUAAUGGCAACGAUAAUGCUUCUGGUGGAUCCACAAAAUGGGCAUCUAAAGAACUAUUGGAGUUUGUUGCACACAUGAAGAGUGGUGAUAUAUCUAUGUUGUCUAAAUUUGAUGUUCAAAGUCUUUUGCUAGACUAUAUAGUGAAAAACAAUCUUCGUGAUCCCCAUCAGAAAAGCCAAAUUAUUUGUGAUUUGAGGCUCAGAAACCUGUUUGGUAGACAACGCUUGGGUCAUUUUGACAUGCUAAAGCUUCUUGAAUUUCACUUUCUUAAUGGAGAGGAUGCCCAGAAAGAUGUAACUCAGAGCAACACUUCUGUGACAACUUUGAGUCAGCUUGAGGGCAAUGGGGACAAUGAUAAUCUUUUGGUGAUCGAUAAAGAUAUGAAGGGUAAAAAUUUUAGGAAGGUUGAAGAAAGUGGAGUGCAAACAAAUCUAGAUGAAUUUGCUGCAAUUGAUGUUCACAACAUUAACUUGAUCUAUUUGCGACGUAGUUUGAUGGAAAGUCUUUUUGUAGACAGUGGAAAGUUCCAUGAGAAGGUUGUUGGCUCGAUUGUGCGGAUAAGAAUUUCUGAUAAUGAUCAGAAGCAAGAUAAGCAUAGGCUUGUCCCAGUUGUAGGUACUCAUAAGGUGGCAGUGCCGUACACCAUUGGUGAAAGAACAGUGGACUUCAUGCUGGAAAUAUUAAAUUUGGGCAAUAAGGAGACCAUAGCAAUUGAUGCAAUUUCCAAUCAAGAGUUUUCUGAUGAUGAAUGCAGACAAUUAUGUCAAAAUAUAAAAUGUGGGCUUCUUAACCGGUUGACUUUAGGUCAGGUGCAGGAGAAAGCAAUGGCGCUUCAGGAAGUGAGGCUUAAUGAUUGGCUAGAGAUGGAGGUGAUGCGGCUCAAUCAACUUUUGGAUGAAGCAAGCAAAAUGGGGCACAAAAAAGAGCUUAGAGAUUGUGUACAGAAGUUAGAGCUUCUGAAGACACCUGAGGAACAUCGGCGCAGGCUACACGAGAUUCCUGUGGUGCAUGCGGAUCCAAAUAUGGAUCCCAAUCGUGAAUCUGAUUAUGAUGGAGUAGUUAUCAACAAGAAACAAGAUGAAUAUGUAAAACAAAGGUGUCAUAGAUUCAGUGGAGAUGGGGGGGAACCAGUCUCUCCACAAAAUGGUGAUAUUCUGAAUGGCUCUGGUGGCAGGGCUCAGAAGAAGUUAGCUACCUGUGACCAAAUUAGAAACAUGUGUUCUCCAGUGGACUUGGGUAAAGGAACUCCUGAUGGGAUUGCUGAAACAUUGAGUGGAUCCUGUUGGAAUGAGGGAGAAGGUGCAUGUGGAUCAGACACUUUGGAGCAACCAGGAAACGAGGUUGAUUCAUCCAGUUCAGUUGUUAGAGAUCAGAACAAUCAAGCUGGGCUGAGGUCUGGAUCACUUUCUGGAGUUGGAUCAGAAACUUCUAUUGCUUCUCUUUCUACUGGGAGCACCCCACAGGUGAAUGAUAGUGAAACAGACAAAUUAUGGCACUACAGGGAUCAAAAUGGAAAAGUUCAAGGGCCAUUUUGUUUGGUGCAGCUGCGCCAGUGGACUAUGACUGGCUUUUUUCUCUCUCAUAUGAGAAUAUGGAAUAUAAAUGAGAAGGAAGGUGACUCAUUACUUCUGACUGAUGUAUUGAAUGGUCGCACUCAUAAAGUGUCACCAGCUCAUUGCAAUGUCUCUUUAUCAUCUCAGGAAGUUUCCUUAUCAUCUCAGGAAGCUAAAGAUGCCUCUCAUUGCAGAUUGUAUUACAAUGAUGGCAGGUGGAGUGGCAGUAUGAAUAUCACUGAGGUAGAUGGUAAACAGAGUGGGGCCCCCUUGAACUGUGAUGAUGCAGUAGCUCGUUCCAAUGAUAAUGAUGAAUCUGUGAAGAAUGACAUGGGAAGCUGCCAUUCUUCUGACUGGACGACAUCUGUUGUUAAUAACAAUAACGCACAGGCUGGAAGUUCUUCACAGUGCUGGGAUUCUCUCAAGGUUAGAAGUUCAUAUUCUGACCACCCUCAAGUGUCAUGUCCAGUGCCUUCAUCAGCAUUUACUGAGUGGCCACAUGGUACUUCUUUUCAUCGAGAAUUGGUUGUCGAGGGACAGAGAUGGAACUCCUCGCCAAAUCAUGGACAUUGGAAUUCACAUGCAAAUGUGGUAGCUCAUACCACUGGUGGACAAUGUCAUAACAGCCAAGCUAAUGGUCAGGACCAUUCAAGCCAGUCAUCUGCAGAUAGACAUCUGUCUGUAAAUUAUUCUUCAAAUAAUUGGGAUUCUAACUCUGGUUUUCCUCCUGUAUCCAAGUCAACUAAUUUGUUAGAGCAAAUUUUUGGAAUUCAUAUCACAAAUCUGCCUGGUCAGACUCCUAGAACUAGCAACGGGGAUGGGGGGGAACAGAUUACUAAAGACCAGCAGCCAGUGCCACUGAAUAUUCCUGUUCAAGAUACAAGUAUCCAAAAUCCACCAAGUCCAAGAGCCAAGCCACAUGAUGUAGAAGAGAAAGACAGGGCUAGUAGCCAAAAUAUGCAAAUUCCCGGUGUAAAGACAGCUGAAGAGGGUGGCAGAUUUCAGGCAACUGAAAGCAAACAGACUGUCUCUUCAAAUUGUCAUGUUCAGAAUUCUGGCCCUAGCUGGAGCAGUGCUUCCAGUCUAGUCAUCAGUGGUGGGACACAGCUUCCAGACUUGGCUGGUGAACGUGGUCAACACUCUUCUACUUGCAUCAAACCUGCAGUUGAGGAAUGGGACUCUGGUUUUGUGCCUGUAUCGUCACAAAGACCACAUGAAGGGGCCAAUGAUCACACGGCUACACCAACUUCAAAAUGUGAUGAACUUACUCCUUCCUCGUUCCAUCCUGCAUCUACUAUGGCUAUGUGGCAGGCAAUUGGCACUGAACCCAUUGAGUUCAGCACUUUGGCUGAGGAAUCACUUUCGGAUCUGCUGGCUGAAGUUGAUGCUAUGGAGUCUCAGCGUGAACUGCCUUCUCCUACUUCAGCAAUGAACUGUGGUGAGGAAUUGUUUCAGGACUCUAAAACCGAUUGCUUUGCUUCCCUUGGAGGGUUAAGCCUUCAACUUGGUUCAGGAAAAGGGACCUGUGACAACAUGCAGUUGUAUUCUGAGUCUACACACGAACCACUUGGACCAUCUCAGGCAGAUACCCAUGAACCGGUGAAAAACUCUUGUGGGCAAUCAUCUACUAGCACCCAAGUGGAGGUACAAAGAGAGCCGAUUGAUGUUUCAGUUAACAAAUUGGAGGGGGGUUCAAACUGCCCGCCUCCUGCGCCUCCCACCAUGAGUAAAUUCCCGUGUGACAAGAACAUUGCAGCUGCAGAAGCAAAAUCUGUCGACCCUGGCCGUGGAGCUAUGCGUGGAGAUCCAAACUCCAGCUGGGGAAGGUCAACUAAAGGAAAUACAAUUUUGAGAUCGGAAACUGCUCAACCGACAAGUAGGGGGAAUUCAAACGGCAAACGAAGCACUUCAGCUGGAUUCACCGGGCGGGAGAGCCAUCCUAAAUUUGGCGGCAGCGGGACGAGAUCGAUGGACCCGAGGGACUGGGCUUUUCAGAGUGGGAAUUCGGGAUUUAGCAGGGGGAGGUCAUCGUGGAGCAGCAGGCAGUCGUCAUUCGGCAGCAGUGGCGGCGGCGGAAGUAGUUACUCUAGGUCGCUGCCUAAAGGGCAUCGAGUGUGUAAAUUUUAUGAAAAUGGAUACUGCAAGAAGGGAGCCUCAUGCGACUACCUGCAUCCAUUAUAAUGGAGGUAGAGCCUCACUUAAUUCACUGUACUAAUACCAUGAUCUGUUCAGAGAUAAACUUAAUUCACUGUACAAUGAUCUGCUUAGAAAAAAUAGGCGCUGAGGUUGUAAUAUUACUGAAAUUUUCUCUAUUAAAAAUGCUAAAUGCUGUUCUUCA